CUAAUAUUGAUUUACACAUUUAUUUCCAAAAUGGCGAAUGAAAACCCAGAUGAUGUGUUUGAAAAGGACGCCGUGGAAGACGAUGUCUUCUAUGUAAAGGACGACUGUGUAGUAGAAGACAGUGAUGAAGAUGAGGUAUCCGGUCACGGCAAGCCUAUAGACACUAAAUAUGUGUGUUGGACCAAAGAGUUUAAUUCUGAAUUGAUUGCACUGUCGGUACAUCCUACAUUUCCCGGCAUUGCCCAUGUGGCAGUUGGCUCCAGGGACGACAAGUGUCUAGUGGUUGACUUCGCUGCUAGCAACGGUAGCUCGGAUUCUAAGGAAACCGUUUUGGGUCCAUUCGCUGAAACUGUCAGUUGCUGUGCGUAUUCUCCAGAUGGAGCAUAUUUAACUCUGGGUUGUAUGGAUGGUCUCUUCACUGCCUACUCUUGCAGGGGAGGUAACUACGAGCAAAUAUCUACUGUAAACGGUUCUAAUGAAGGUAUUGAAUGGAUAUCGUGGUUGCAGGACUCCAGUGCUGUCAUGUUUGGUGGCUCUGGUCACAUGGUUUACAUUUGGGAUCCCAAGGCAGAGACCUCAGUGUGCAUCUCAACCACGGACAAUAACUCAUGUGGUAAAUUCUGCAGUUACAAUGGUAACAACAUUGCGGUACUGGGUGGUGACAACGGGCAUUUGAGUGUAGUACGAUAUUCCAACGGUACCGUGGGUACUGUUGCUGAUGUGAAUCUCCACAGUGAGAUUAUCACAUGUGUAGACUGUCACAACACAGUUCAGUUGGCCAUUGCCGGUCUUUAUGAUGGAGGAUUAUACUUUGUAGAACUCUCUAAGAAUACCGUUACCGCAUCGUUCCUGGAUGAUCAUGAAGACACUGUAGAAGACGUUAAGUUUUGCUCCGGGUCUGAAUCUACACUUGCUGUAAGUAUUGGUCAUGACGGUAAAGUCAUUACGUGGGAUUGUGAACGCAUGGUCAAACUACAUGUGGUUCUCUUAUCUGAACGUCUGACUAGGGUACUCUGGGUACCUUCAUCUACAGUAAUCGCUGCUAGUUCCAUUUUCGGUGCAUUGUUUGCGAUAAAGAAUGGCAAGGUAAUUGCCAAAAACAGGCCUCACAAGUCAACUGUCCUGGACAUUGCCGCCUUACCUUGCAGCGAUAGGGAAUACGCACUGCUAUCUGUCUCGGAAGAUGGAAGCAUGAUGAUAUGCCAAGAGAUGUUUGAAGAGGAUUAGCCACAGUACUUUGGCAAAUCCAGCAUGUUUAACUACUAGAUCCAGGGCGUCGCAGCCGCGGGGAGUGUUCUCCAGUAUAUAAACCAGCAAUCUAACAUGCGGUAAUUGGAAGGGCAUGGGCUCAUGG